AUGGCCCCGAAACGCUCCGCAGCAGCAGCAGCACCAGCAACAGCAGGCCCCGUCCCCGCGCCCUCACCACCCACCAUGCCCUCCGCAUCCUCCGCACCGGCAGCUUCCUCUCUCUCCUCCGGCCCCAAAACCCUCACCCAGAACUCCUCCAUCUACGACAUCGCCCACACAGUCUGGCAGCAGUACCUGGCGACCACGCCGCAGCGCACAAUGCUGCUAGAUGCGUUCAUGGGAUUCUUGGUGCUUGUCGGUGGUGUGCAGUUUGUUUAUUGUGUUGUUGGGGGGAAUUAUCCGUUCAAUGCCUUCCUGAGUGGUUUCUGUGCUGCCGUUGGUCAGUUUGUUCUUACGGCUAGUUUGAGGAUGCAGACUAGUGGUGGUACGACUUCGUCGACUGGAAGUGUGAGUGGUGGGAAGGGGAAGGCGGGGAAGAAGGGUGCUGCGGCUGGUGCUGGGGAGGAGGGGAGUGGUGUUUCGCCUGAGAGGGCAUUCGCGGAUUAUGUCUUUGGGAGUCUGAUUCUGCAUUUCUUUUGUAUUAACUUCAUUAACUAG